AUGAAGCUGGUCCUGGUCUUCUUGCUGGCCGCCAUCCCCAUUUGCUGCUAUGCCAGCAGUUCUAAUUGCCGUGCAAUGGAUGACGUCGUUGCACAAAUCACUAACUCAUCAGUGUCUGUGGCUGAGUUUCAGAGAGUGAUAAAGUCAUACGCACCUCUUCCUUAUGACAAAAAGGCUUUGGGCGAAGUGAAACAAUGUUUCCUAGACCAGUCAGAGGAGACUUUGGCCAAUUAUCGAGUUAUGAUGAAUGCUAUAUACGACAGUGAAGACUGUCCACAGACUUCCUAA